AUGAGACUGUAUAUAUCAGCUUCCGACACUACCAUAGGUAGCAUGUUGGUGCAAGAGAAUGAAGAUGGCGUCGAAAGAGUCAUUUAUUAUCUUAGUAGGGUUUUAAAUGAUGUAGAAACUAGAUACACCUCGAUAGAAAAGUUGUGUCUUUGUUUGCAUUUCUCUUGUACUAAACUCAAGUAUUAUAUAAAACCUAUUGAUUUAUACGUCUCUUCACAUUUUGAUGUCAUCAAGUAUAUGUUAUCUAAGCCAAUAAUGCGCAGUCGAAUUGGCAAAUGGGCUUUAGCACUCACUGAAUACUCUUUAAUCUUUAUGCCUUUAAGGGCAAUGAAGGGACAAAUAGUAUCAGACUUUAUUGUAGACCAUGCAGUGGUCGAAAAUCCUCAACUUCAAGUUGAGUUGAAACCUUGGAAAUUAUUCUUCGACGGUUCCACCCAUAAGGAUGGAAGUGGGGUUGGGAUAAUGUUAAUUUCUCCUGACGAAAUUCCAACAAAACUCAAAUAUAGAAUUGAAGGUCCCCUUUAUUCUAACAACAAAGCAGAAUAUGAAGCCCUUAUUGUAGGACUUGAGGCUUUGUUGGAAUUGGGGGCAACUAGGGUCGAAAUUAAAGGAGACUCAGAACUAGUAAUCAAGCAACUGACAAAGGAGUACAAAUGUAUAAAAGAAAAUUUGAUUAUGUACUUCGUCAUUGCAAAUAGGUUACUCAAAAAAUUUGAAUACAUCGACAUAAAACAUGUCCCUAGAAUAAAAAACCAAGAGGCUAAUGACUUAGCACAAAUAGCUUCAAGAUAUAGAAUUUCAAAAGAGAAGCUAGAAGAACUUGUCGAAGUAAGAGGAAAGGCAAUGGCUUCCAGAUUGUCUCCGACAAAUUUGAAAAGCACCCAGUUAGGAUAUGCUAACAAGGAGGAGUUUGAAGUAUUGGCCAUUGAUACCUUAAUAGAUACAGAUAGGAGGAAUCUAAUUAUUAAUUAUCUUAAGGACCCUUCAACAGAUACAGAAAGAAAAACCAAGUACAGGGCUUUAUCUUACGUGUUGAUAGGGAAUGAAUUAUUCAAGAAAACCCCUGAAGGCAUUCUGUUGAAAUGCUUAGGAGAAAGCGAAGCUUACUUGGCAUUAUCUAGUGUACAUAGUGGAGCUUGUGGAGCACACCAGGCAGGCCAUAAGAUGAAAUGGUUGCUUUUCAGAUAUGGAAUGUAUUGGCCCACCAUGUUAAAAGAUUGUAUAGAGUUUGCUAAGGGUUGCCUAGAAUGCCAAAUACAUGCAGGAAUUCAACAUGCUCCUGCAAGUGAGCUUCAUAUAAUUAUCAAUCCUUGGCCUUUCAGAGGAUGGGCAUUAGAUCUAAUUGGGGAAAUUAGACCCAAUUCAUCCAAAGGUCAAAGAUACAUACUUGUAGGAAUUGACUAUUUCACUAAGUGGGUCGAAGCAGUACCUUUAGUAAAUGUGGAUCAAGAAAUUGUUAUCGAAUUCAUUCAAAAGCAAAUUUUAUACAAAUUUGGAAUCCCAGAAAGAAAAAAGCCAAAAAAUUGGCACAAAACUUUAGACCAAGCGCUUUGGGCUUGUCGAACCUCCCCUAAAGAAGACACUAACGCUACACCUUUCCAGCUUACAUUUGGACAUGAUGCAGUAUUACCUGUCGAAAUCUACUUGCAAUCAGUGAGAAUCCAAAGACAAGGAGAAAUUCCAUCUGACUUAUACUGGGAAAUGAUGAUAAAUGAGCUGGUGGAUUUGGACGAAGAAAGGUUGCAUGCGUUAGAAGUAUUAAGAAGACAAAAGGAGAGGGCAGCAAGGGCAUACAAUAAGAGGGUCAAAGGUAAAACCUUCACUAUGAAUGAUUUAGUUUGGAAAGUUAUAUUACCUAUAGAUCGAAAGAAUAAGGCAUUAGGAAAAUGGUCUCCACAUUGGGAAGGACCUUUUUGA